AUGUCAAAUAUUCCUAUGAAGCGUCAUUUAUCUGGUUUUUCGCAGGACGAUAUUUCGAAACGAAGAACAGCUAUUGUACCUGACGAACUGGAAAGUUAUAUUUCAGAUGAAUCAGAUUUAAUACAACCAAUAUUUGAUGCCCCCAUUAAUGCAGCGAAUAGUAACAGAUGGCAAGAAACAGUCACCAAAGUUGUAAGAUCGGUGGUUUCGAUACAGUUCUCUCAUGUGAGUAAUUUCGAUACGGAAUCUGCAAUUGUCAGUGAAGCUACUGGUUUUGUUGUUGAUUCUGAGAGAGGCUUAGUUUUAACCAAUAGGCAUGUUGUCGGACCGGGCCCUUUUUGUGGUUAUAUUGUAUUCGAUAAUCAUGAAGAAGCAGUAGUGAAACCCAUUUAUCGAGAUCCAGUUCAUGACUUUGGGUUUUUGCAAUUUGAUCCUGCUUCUAUUAAAUAUAUGAGACUCACUCAAUUAAAUUUGAGACCUGACUUGGCUCAAAUUGGAACAGAGAUAAGAGUAGUUGGUAAUGAUGCGGGAGAGAAGCUUUCAAUUUUAGCUGGAUUUAUUUCUAGGUUGGACAGAAACGCUCCCGAGUACGGUGCUUUAACUUACAAUGAUUUCAAUACUGAAUAUAUACAAGCUGCUGCUGCUGCAUCUGGUGGAUCCUCGGGGUCACCAGUCGUCAAUGAAGAUGGCUAUGCGGUUGCUUUACAAGCGGGUGGGUCUACUGAAGCAUCCACGGACUUUUUCUUACCUAUAUAUCGACCCUUAAGGGCCCUUGAAUGCAUACAAAAUGGACAGCCAAUCACAAGAGGCGAUAUUCAAGUGGAAUGGCUAUUAAAACCCUUCGAUGAGUGCAGAAGGUUAGGCUUAACGCCAGAAGCUGAAGCAAGUGCUAGAAAAUUAUUUCCAAACAAAAUUGGCCUCUUGGUUGCGGAGCUCAUUCUUCCAGAGGGUCCUGCGGAUGGGUUUAUAAAGGAAGGGGAUACAUUAAUCUCUGUAAACGAUAAGGCGAUUGCUACAUUUAUCGAACUCGAUGAAAUUUUAGAUCAAAAUGUUGGCUCGAGUUUGAAGUUUGUCCUCCAAAGAGGAGGUGAGGAAAUCGCACAUUCUAUCAAAGUUGGAGAUUUACAUGCUAUAACUCCUGACAGAUAUGUUGACAUAGCUGGUGCUUCAUUUAAUGAUCUCUCUUACCAGAUAGCAAGAUGUUAUUGUAUCCCUGUUAAAGGAGUUUUUAUUAAUGAUGCUUCGGGGUCUUUUGAGUUUUCAGCCUUUGAAAAAAAUGGUUGGUUGUUGGAGACCGUAGAUGACAAGCCAACUCCAGACUUGAGCACAUUCAUAGAAGUCAUGAAAAAUAUUCCUGAUCGACAGAAAGUGUCGAUUACAUAUCGUCACGUCUCUGAUUUGCACACAGAAAAUGUUCAUGUAAUUUACAUUGAGAGACAUUGGCAGUCGACAUUUCGAUUGGCAGUAAGAAAUGAUAAAACCGGUAUUUGGGAUUUUAUGGACAUUCAAGAUAAGCCUCUCCCUCCUAAGAAGUUACAACCACAAAAUGCGAAGUAUAUUAACAUUCCGGGGAACAAUGGUUAUUCUUCUUUGGUAAGAUCAUUUGUGCAAGUUAGGACUGUUGCUCCCAUUCCAGUGGAUUCCUUUCCCUACAGAAAGGAGAUUGGUUAUGGAGUAGUGAUCGACUCAACAAAUGGAUAUGUUAUUGUUUCCAGAAGAUUUGUUCCCCACGACAUGUGUGACAUCUUCGUCAUAUUUGCGGAGUCUGUUGAUGUUCCUGCAAGCGUAGUGUUCUUACAUCCCAACCAAAACUAUGCAGUUUUGAAAUAUGAUCCAAAAUUAGUGUUAGCUGAUGUCCAAACUCCAAAAUUCAGUCACAUUCCCUUAAGAAGAGGAGAGCAAGUUGAUUUCGUAGGCUAUAACUAUAAUUUGAGGUUAGUUACAGACAGCGUAAAAGUUAGCUCUGUUUCAUCUUUGAACGUUCCUGCUGCGAGUCUUUCUCCUCGUUAUCGUGGAACAAAUUUGGAAUGUAUCUUGUUAGAUAAUAAGUUGUGCCAAGAGUGUGAUGCAGGUGUAUUAACAGAUAAUGAUGGCACAAUUAGAUCAUUUUGGCUCACCUUUCUAGGUGAAACCAACUGCGAUCAGACAGGUGAUAGAAUGUACCGUAUGGGAUUAGAUGUUACAGACGUCUUAUAUGUAAUUGAAUUAUUAAAAGACAGAAAGGUACCGAACAAUUUGAGGAUAUUGGAUGCUGAAUUUACAUCUACUACUAUAUUACAAGGUAGAACUAGAGGUGUUCCCCAGCAUUGGAUUAAUAAGUUUGAGGAUGUUUGUGAUGAUGAGCUAAAAUUCCUUUCUGUCGAGAGGGUUUCUGCCUCCAGGUUGAAUCAACCACCAAAUCCUUUAAGGACAGGUGACAUAAUUUUGUCUGUCAACGAUUCUAUUGUUAAAACAAUGCGUGAUCUUAGUGUAAUGUAUCAGAGUGAACAAUUACUCUUCAAAGUUAUAAGACAAAAAAAGGAGAUAGACAUAAUGGUCCCAACAAUUGAUGCCAGUAGCAUAAAUACCUCACAUGUAGUAUUUUGGUGCGGUGCAAUAUUGCAAGCACCACAUCACGGUGUGCGUCAGUUGAUGGAAAAGAUACCCUCAGAAGUAUAUGUUACGAGAAAGAGUGCUGGUGGUCCUGCGCAUCAAUAUGGCAUAACAACUAACAGCUUUAUUACUCAUGUAAAUGAUCAAGAGACAAAAACUAUAUUAGACUUCAUCAAGGUCGUUAAAGAUAUCCCUGACGCGACAUAUUUAAAGCUCAGAUUAGUCUCGUUUGACUUUAUCCCUUUGGCUAUUUCGCUUAAAACCAAUUAUCAUUACUUCCCGACUUCUGAACUAAAAAAAACCCCAGAACUUGAUAAGUGGAUAGAAAUAGAGCAUGAGCAUACCUAA